AAAAGAAAACAAACUCGAAACUCAAAGUGCGAAGACUGGGGAAAAAUUAGCGGUGUUAAGUUAAAAAAUGUUUUGAACUUGCAUAAGUUGUUGUUAUACUACGUUUACCUUCGGUAGUGAUAGCACCCUGUUAAAACGUUGAAAUUAAUAAAAAGAGCCUCUCAGGGGCACCCAACGAGGAUAUAUUUCAAAACCACUUAACAUAGCAUUGUUGAACGUAUUUUAGUAUUCAAACGGUAGAUAUAGGCAUAUUUUUAUCCCCUAAAACUUUUUCAUCUGUUCGGAUUUCCUAGCUGAAAGUCUAGUGAUCCGAAAAUUAUAGGGAUAAAAACUUACCUUCUCGAAAAUUUCAGCCAGGAAAAGGUUCCCGAAAAUUCUAGGUGGCCUUUUUUAGGGCCAAAUCCGUUAAAAAUAGGUAAUUAUACCAGCUUAUACCAUUUUGUAUAUGUUCGAAAAUCCUAGGAGAGGCAGGCAAGCAAGAAAUUUUACAACAAUUGCUCCGAAAAUUCUAGAUCUCAAAUCGUCUUCCGAACAGAUAUUUUCCCGAAAAUUGCCGUUGGGUGCCCCUGGCCUCUGUAUGACGAGCAUUUUAGUGGGAAAACUGGAGCAUUAAGGUGGAGCAUUUUAGUGGGGAAACAAAAGCAUAAUGUACAUAAGACCUGAAGGGUACGAGAUAAGGAGCAUUGUUACUUUAAGGAUUGGAGCUGUCUUUUAUUCAUUUCAGUACACACGCAAAGAUUGCCGGAGUUUCAAUUAGCCCUUAAUGCAUGGCUAUGCAGAUUUCUGUACUUAAGUAUAAUUUCGUCACUUAAAAAGCUUACAUGGCAAGCCGAGUCCAGGAAACACUAACGUCAGUUUUAUCUGAUUAUUUUCAGGUUAUGUACUCUGUUGCCAAGCUUUCGUGUUUAGCUUGGUGAAUCCAAGUGGCCUGGGACCGACCAAACUGUCGCUCAUCACUGGGGAGGAAGGGAAUGGCAUCUAUUGUGCUAGCAACUAUGGACCCGUGUUUGGUGGUGGGUUUGACCUAUAUAUAUCAAAUAAUGCAAACACAAGUUCUAGUGGCGGCCUUCUCGGCUACACCUAUCAGCUCCCACCAGGACAACAGAGCACGUUCUUCACAGGUGCCCAUCACAACUUCCCUGUUACAGAUUACGAGGUGUUUGGACUCCAACAGUGA